AUGGAAGGGGAGAAUGAGACAUUUAGUGCAGACUUCACCCUGCUGGGAAUCUUCAGUCACACACCCACUCACAUCUUCCUCUUCUCCCUGGUGCUGGGCAUCUUCACAGUGGCCCUCUUGGGAAACACCCUCAUGGUUCUCCUCAUCUACCUGGACACUCAGCUCCACACCCCCAUGUAUUUCCUCCUCAGCCAACUCUCCCUCAUGGACCUUAUGCUCAUCUGCACCACUGUCCCCAAAAUGGCCUAUGGCUACUUAUCUGGCAGGAAGUCCAUUUCUGUAGCAGGCUGUGAAGCCCAGAUAUUCUUCUAUGUAUCUCUCUUGGGUGCCGAAUGCUUCCUCUUGUCCGUCAUGGCCUAUGACCGCUAUGUUGCCAUUUGCUACCCUCUUCGAUACCCCCAUCUCAUGAGCCAGAAAAUUUGUGGACUCAUGACUGCCUCUUCCUGGAUCCUUGGUUCCUUUGAUGGGAUCGUGGACGUAGCAGCUACUUUGUCCUUCUCGUAUUGUGGCUCCCUAGAGAUAGCCCAGUUCUUCUGUGAUGUGCCUGCACUCCUAAGUCUCUCAUGCACUGAUACGUCUAAAUUUGAAACAUUUGUUUUUAUCUGCUGUCUAUUGAUGCUUUUCUUGCCUUUAUCACUCAUCGUUAUCUCCUACACUCAUGUAAUUGUGACUGUCAUUCGCAUGAGUUCAGGGGAGGGCCGGCAGAAGGCUUUCACCACCUGUACUUCACACCUCAUUGUUGUCGGGAUGUAUUAUGGAGCAGCGAUGUUCAUAUAUAUGCGGCCCACUUCUAAUCGCUCCCCAACCCAGGACAAGAUGGUGUCAGCCUUCUACACCAUCCUCACCCCCAUGCUCAAUCCCUUUAUCUACAGCCUUCGCAACAAAGAUGUGACCAGGGCUUUCAGGAAAGUAAUAAGGAAGGGCAAAUCUGGAGAAUCAAUUGGAUGA